CAGAUGAUAAUAUAUCACUGCCACACAACAAGUUGCUAUAAAAUAGAUCACAGACGAAAAAGUAGAUAAAUGGUAGUAUGCUAGAGAGGGAAGUGAACAGAAUUUAUUUACAUACCAUAGAUUCUUCAUAGUACAUGUCAGGAUUAAAAAAAAGGUGGAUGUGAAAAAUGCCCUACAGAAUGUCUCAGAUGAAGAAGUGCGAGACUUUGCUAUUGGAACAUGUAGAUGCAGUGGUAAACUUAUUGAAUGGUUUUAUGUUAAAAGACAUCUCAUCCCAGCGUGUACUUCAGCGAUUGGACUAUCUGUAUAAUAAGCUUAAUGAAUUACUUAUUCCAAAAUUACGUGCUAACCAUGGACCAACAAAUUCAGAUCCAUGGCAACAAGCAGGAAGGAAUGUAGCAGCUACAAAGGAUAAAGAAUUUGAGUCACCUGUACCAAGCAUGAGGGCUGUGAAAGAUGUGGAAUAUGUGUGUGGACUGUGCAAAAGUCCUAUAACCAUAUACAAUUCAGAUCACAAACUGUCAAUGGAUUUACAUUAUCAAGAUGACAUACAUCAGAAAGCAGUUGAAGUCCAGAAAAUGCGAGGGGUACGGGGAGUGAUUCAAAAACCUGCAGAACUUCAGCAAAUAAAUAAGGCACAAGCAUCAAUUCUAAAAAUUAGAAAGUCCACAGGACAGAAAAUGAAAGGGUCACAGACAGCAAUUCAGAAAACUGAUAAGCACAUAGACCAACUUCAGGAAACAGAUAUUCCGAAAAUUGGCAAGUGUACAGAAGAACUUCUGAAAAUUAGAAAGUCCACAGGACAGAAAAUGAAAGGGUCACAGACAGCAAUUCAGAAAACUGAUAAGCACAUAGACCAACUUCAGGAAACAGAUAUUCCGAAAAUUGGCAAGUGUACAGAAGAACUUCUGAAAAUUAGAAAGUCCAAAGGACAACUUCAGAAAAUGACAGCAAUUCAGAAAACUAGCAUGCCCACAGAAAUAAAUUGCAAAUAUAUUUCCCAGACUGCUGGAAAGUACCAUUGCUGCCUCUGCAAUAUGAACAUGCAUAGUCAAAAAUGUGUGCAGCAACAUGUGGUAGGAACCACACACCAACGAAAAAUGGCAGCUUUGCAAAUGGAUCACAGCGAGGAUGCAUAUGGAUCAUCAGAGCAGUCUGUGCCAUUGCAAGAAGACAAGUUCUGGUCAAAGAUUCCUGAAGGGUGGAGAAAUCAUAUGAAGCACUUUGUGGACAGUGGAGCCACCACUCUGCAUUGCAGUGCAUGCAGUGUUAUUGUUCCCAAAACUACGAUCAACGUGCUGAGCCACAUUCGUGGCAAGAAGCACUGCCACAUCUCAUCAGACGGAAUGUGAGGGUCACUCACCAUUCUCCAGAAAGAUCAUGAAUGAGAUGGUUUGAACACUUAGUGUAACCUCUGAAUGGGUGUUAUGGGCCUAUACCUUGUAAGGAAGAAGAAAAACAGGCAGAAAGAAAUGUCUCUGCAGUAUUCCUGACAUUUGAUAAAAUUCUGUUAUGUCGCUUGUUAGUUUUAUGCAUAUGUCUACCUUUCGUUCUCACUGUCUUCAUACCAAAGCAACAAACUGUGCCCUUUUAUGUGGACACAAAGGCCAAACAAUCAACACUUUUCAUUUGAUUAAAUUUAAUCUUUAUAAUGUAGUCAAGUAACACAUGUUCAUAUAGGGACCUUGAUGAGCAGUGGAUAAUAUCUAAUAAAAGUGGAACUGUCAAUUCAAAGUA